AGUUAGGACGGCGUGAGGCAUCGUGUCGCCUCCGCGGCUUCUAUUUCUCCGUGCCACCGUUCUUACUUUCAACCCCCCGACUGCGAGCAUGGCGACCUCCGCUGCGCUCUUCAUCCCCUCCUCCCCCGCGAGCUUCUCCCGAGCUGCCUCGAUCUCUCGCUUACGCCUCCUUUCUCCUCCUUUUCUUCUUCCGAUCGCGAGGCCGCUUCGGUUUAGACGCGUCUCUUCAUCUCUCGCUCCUUCUUCCGCCCCUUCUCCUGUCCUCGAUAAUUCUCCGUCUCCAUCUAAGACUGGCAAGUGGCAGUGGAAUUUUGACGGCAAUUCUGUGAACGUCUACUAUGAGGAGCAUGAGGGGAAGAGUGCUGCAAAUGCCAAGCAGAUCCUCAUGAUCCCCACUAUCUCGGACGUUAGCACUGUUGAGGAAUGGAGGACAGUGGCGAAGGAUAUUGUUGCGCGAGAAGGAGAUGUGCGAUGCCGUGCUACUAUCGUUGAUUGGCCUGGUCUGGGAUUUUCUGAUAGGCCAUCACUGGAGUACAACGCUGAUGUCAUGGAGAACUUUCUUGUCCAGUUUAUCAAUGCAUCAGAUGGUCCUCUGGCAAAUUCAGGCGAGUUGGUUAUUUUUGGGGGAGGACAUGCAGCAACUAUUGCAGUUCGUGCAGCUGGAAAGCGUUCAAUUAGUCCUGCAUCCAUAGCAGCUGUUGCACCUACUUGGGCUGGUCCUCUUCCUAUAGUCUUCGGUCGAAGUUCAGACAUGGAGUCAAGGUAUGGACUCCUGAGGGGCACUCUGAGGGCGCCAGCAGUGGGUUGGAUGAUGUACAAUGUGCUGGUGAGCAAUGAGAAAUCCAUUGAAUCCCAGUACAGGUCCCAUGUCUAUGCAGACCCAGAGAAUGUCACACCAAGCAUUGUGGAGAGCAGAUAUAACUUGACAAAACGGAAGGGUGCUCGAUAUGUUCCUGCUGCUUUUCUGACAGGCGAGCUUGAUCCCGUUAAGUCUCGUGAGGAGUUUCUCCAACUAUUUGGAGAACUGGAAGGGAAGAUGCCAAUAUUGGUCGUAUCAACAGCCGGUGCCCCCAAGAGGUCAAAAGCCGAGAUGGAUGCUCUAAAAGAAGCCAAAGGUGUCACUAAAUUUGUGGAGGUUCCAGGGGCUCUUCUUCCACAAGAGGAGUAUCCCUUAACAGUUGCAGAAGAGCUGUACAAAUUCUUGCAGGAGCAUUGUGGUUCAAAGAGCUAAAGUAAAAAGGUCAUCAACCUGAUCCUUCCUUUUUCCGGAUCUCCUAGGAAGCUGUGGAGUUCAAAUCAGUCAUGUUUUAUGGCAAUUCUGGAAUUCUGUAUGAUUUCUAUCAUUCCAUUGAUAUAGUGUUAUAUCAUCCUCUGUAGUAUCAAUAAUAUGUUAUACUGCCCAUUGGGUGUCAAUCAUAUAUGCUCCCUUCAAUCAGAA